AUGACUCCACAUAGAAAAAAAAGGGAAUGGGACGAUCAGAGUGUUAAAGAAGGAAAAAUUCUAAUAAAAAAGAGUGACAUACAGUACAACCUACCCACAAGGAUGAAGCCGGAAGGGGAUCUUCAGAAUGAUACAGCCAAAACAUCCCUUCAGAAUGACGAGACCAAAAAAUAUCCUGAAGAUACCAGGAGAACAAAGCAUCUUCAUAACAGAAAUAAAGAACAAAACAGAAUCUUAACCAUUCCGCAGAAGAGGGGCAUUUUCAUAGAAGAAAUCACACACCAAGGGACAUCUUCAGAAUAUCACCAAAAAAGAGAAAGGAGCAUCCAUAUAAAACAAAGGAAAGAUAGCACUAUAUAUACUCAAGCUGGUACCGGAAGACAGCAUCAUAGGAAUGCAGCAGAGAAGAAAUAUCUCCAUAAGAACAACGGACUCGCAGAAGAAUAUCUUUCCGGUAACAUGACCGAAGGAGAAGGCAUCUUUAUAAAAGAUUCAAACAGGAAAAGAUCAUUGAUAUAA